CCCUCGACCCCACUCGCGAGCCGAGCAGUUUCCAGCUCGCGCUCGCCGAAGCCGCCGCUCCGGCGUCCCCCAUGCGCUCGGCGCCGCCGCCGCCGCUCGCGCCUCUCACCCCCAUUCGCGAGGCGCCUUCACCGUCACCCCCAGUCGAGUCUCUCUCUCCCCGUUCGCUGGCUCGCCUUCACCCGCGGUCUCUCCCCCCGCUCGCCUCUCCCCGGCUCGCCGGCUCGCCUUCACUCCGGCCUCGCGAGCCGCCUCCGCGCCGCCAACGAAGGCUCCUUCGCGCCGACGACGAGCAGGGGGGCACGCUGCUCUCUCCCAACCCGCGGGCGGCUCCGGGCUCCCCGGCGUCGUCGUUUCCGCGAGCCACCUCCGCUCCGCCGACGAAGGCCCGCCGCGCCUCUCUCCCCCAACCCCCCGCCGGCCCUCGCUCUCCGGCGUCGCGAGGUGCCACACCCCCAACCUGCGGCCGCGGCCCUCGCUCUCCGGCCUCGCGUGGUCUUCCACGUCGCCGAGCACGCCGGGGUCACGCUGGCGGGGCUGAUCGCAGAUGGCCGGAACCUCUCGCGGUUCCUGCGGAACGAGUGUAUCAACCACUCCGAGGCGCCGCUACCCGUCUCCAGGCUCGCGCUCAGGCUCGCCGACAAGGCGCAGGGAGGGCACGCAGAAAAUGAUGCUGGACGUGAUAACCGCGUGAGGGAAAAAUCAUCUUCAUCUUGAUCUUUUCAGCUUCAUUGCAGCAUAGGUGCCAUGCCCUUUUUCCCCUCAAUUCAGUAUGACAGGCAGGAUGCAGCUCUUAACAAGGACUGGCCCAUCACAUUACAUCCAGAUAUUGGAGGAGCAACUACUGGGCUGAGAGUGUACCCAAUUCACUGUCGGCAAACAAUAAUAAUAAGCAACGUAAGCGGGAAAGGGAAAGAGCAAGGUAUGCAACAAUGUCUCAGGAAGAGAAGAAUGCAAAAAAUCAGAGGAGACGUGAAGCGCGUCAGAAAAAAAGAAUAUCAGAAUCCAAUGGAAACAAAUGGUUCUCCUGCUCCAUUUGGCGAUUUGACAAACCACACUAAUGGAGGGGCUGAGAGUGAAUCCAAUUUACAGUCAGCAAACAAUAGUACUGAGCAUCGUAAGCGGGAAAGGGAAAGAACAAGGUAUGCAACAAUGUCUCAGGAAGAGAAGAAUGUAAGAAAUCUGAGGAACUGUGAAGUGCGUCAGAAAAAUAAAGAUGCUAGAUGCAUGUCAUUUUUGUGGUGUUACAGAUACAUUACAUGUAAUCUGGAUGGGUCAAUAUUUCAGGGUUGUUGCAAAUUAGCUGGAUCUUUUAAUACUUUGAUUUGCUUCGUAACAUUAACUCAUGUAUAUCUACUUUGGUUUUGGAGUUUGUGUGGUUCUCAUAAUAUCAGGAAAAGAAUACCAUGCCAAUUAGAGUUUCUGGAACUCUAUUUGAUGGUGCAAUUUUUAGUUGGACUUUUACUACCUUUUGUUCUUAUAUUUGUACAAACUAUUUGUAGAGGACUCUGGUGCAUUGAACGAUGA